AUGUUGAUAAUUGUGAAGGACCCAUUAGAUUGGAUUGAUAAACUAAUAGCAGAUUUUAUUUGGAACGAUAAAAAAGCAAAGAUCAAAAGAGUAUCUUUGAUUGGUGACUAUUCACAAGGAGGUAUUAAACUACCAGACUUCAUAUCACAAGUAAAAGCCUUAAAAUACUCAUGGUACAAACGACUUCUUCAUUCCGAAGAAGGUGAUUCUAUUUUGAGAGAUAUACAGGAAUCGUGGUUCCAGCAAACCGAUGUGAUUGUUAAAAGAGGAAGCAUUAUAGAAGAUAUUUUUGAAACUCUCAAUUCAAAGGACUUAGAUCAAUAUGCUGAUAUAAUUGUUCAUGUUGGCACAAACGACGUCGCUAACGCAACUGAUAUUGCGAACAUAAGUUCAUCAAUUGAAAAACUGAUAACUCUGGUAAUGGUCAAGGCACCCACCACUAAAUUGCAUAUUUCAGCAAUCUCUCCUAGGAAAACACACAUGACAGCAGUAACAGAAGCAAACAUUAUUCUUAGAGAUUUAGUAAAGAGUCUUGACUGCUCCUUUUUAAAUGUAAACCCAAAAUGUGUGUAUCAGAAUGGAUCAGUUGAUAACACUAUACUGUAUGAUGGAUUGCAUCUAAGUCAUAAAGGAACAAAACUACUAGUUGAGUGUUUUGUCGAGGGUGUUGAAUCCCUAAAUUUAACAAAUGAAUUUGUUCAACAUAGAUCUUCAAACCUUAAAAAACAAAACAAAAAGCAACAAAGACGGAAAAACCAGCAUCGUAGUGAUAACAUUGAGACCAGAAAAUUUCGGCCACGAAAUUCUUCUUCUGCAUAUUAUCAACAGAGUAUGAGAGAAAGCAGACAAAGUCAAGCAUGUAAAAACUGUGGUCUAUCAAACCAUAAUUCAGCCGAAUGCUACCACGAAAACCCAAUCAGAUGUAGAACAUGUGGCAGGUUUGGUCAUAAAGACAGAUUUUGUAAACAUAAUAAACAUAAGUCUAAUAAUAAUAAUUACUACCAAAAAUUUAAUAACCACUAUGAUGAUUCAUAUGGUAAUGAGCACUUAUACUCACAAUACCAAGAAAAUUUUUAUUCUGAAAAUUGAUUGCCCAAUAUUGAAUGUAGGGAGACUAGCACGUUUUCAAGUAGUUCAAAAUCUACUGAGGGCGUUAGUCAAAGUGAGUUGCCAAGGUACCAUAAAGACAUAUACGAGCCUCUUAAUAACAAAUGUGGAUUAGUCAUUGCAAAUUUGAAUAUAUGUAGUAUUACACAUAAAUUUUAAGAAUUACAACACAUUUUAAAUCAAAACAAUAUUGAUGUUAUAGGACUAUGUGAAACCUUUCUCAAUAGUACUAUAACCAACCAAGAAAUUAAUAUAGAUGAUUAUUCUUUAUAUCGGAAAGACCGAUGUAAAUCGUCCAAACAUAAAACGGA